AUGGGGCAAUGUUUGAGGUACCAGAUGCACUGGGAGGACUUGGAAGAAUACCAGGCCUUGACCUUCUUGACCAGAGAUGAAAUCCUGUGCAUCCACGACUCCUUCCUGAAGCUCUGUCCCCCCGGGAAGUACUACAAGGAGGCCACCUUGACCAUGGACCAGGUCAGCUCCCUGCCAGCUCUGAGGGUCAACCCUUUCAGAGACCGAAUCUGCAGAGUGUUCUCCCACAAUGACGUGUUCUCCUUCAAGGGUGUGCUGGGCAUGGCAUCUGUGUUUAGCGAGCAGGCCUGCCCCAGCCUGAAGAUUGAGUAUGCCUUCCGCAUUUACGAUUUUAAUGAGAACGGCUUCAUCGACGAGGAGGACCUGCAGAGGAUCAUCCUCCGACUGCUCAGCAGCGACGACGUGUCAGAGGACCUGCUGACCAACCUCACCAGCCACGUCCUGAAUGAGUCAGAUCUGGACAAUGACAACAUGCUGUCUUUCUGA